AUGAAUAGCUCAAGCCGGCAAGGCCUUUGCUUGAGCCCUCAGGACCUCGAGAUCGAGCUGCGACUCGCUUCCGAGUAUCCUCUACGUCGCUUGCCCGUCUCAGCAAUGCGUGAGCCCACCACGCACAUGAAACAGUUCGCCACGCUCCGGACGACGCCCGUGAUACCAUUAGAGGCCAAGGCCUUGGUAUCCGAACAAUCCGGCUGGGCACAUACGCCAAAAGACAGCUGGUUUUACUGCCACCAAACUAACCCACCCCUAGACGUCGGAGCAACAUAUUCCGAUUACGUGCACAAACGCAUUGUAAACAUCCGGCGCAAUGCAGUGUCUUGCAAGCAGAAAAUGGAAGAUGAAGCCAGCUGGAACGAGAGUGUUAAUUCGUCAUUGCUUGAGCUUGCGUUCGGUGAUGACAAGGUCACAGAUGUUUCUUAUCGCAACAUUUCACGAUGCAGCAUCCAACCCGAGCUGCGCGAUCCAAACCCGGUUCUAGCGGAUCCCAAGAUCGACUACGCCGUGCUGCUCACCGUGGAAGAGUGCCAUCCGUUGACAGCGUUUCUCAACCAGCUCCGAACUCUUGAUCCCAGUCGGAAUCACACGACACACGUGCAGCUAAGCGAUGGCGCUAACACACCAAUAAGUAUCGGUAUCAAAACAGUGAGCGGCCAGGAUGAUGGUUCCAUACGGGGCAAUGCGCAGCUGGCCGCCUGGUUGCGAGCCCAGUUCCGACAUCUUGCCUCAUUGCCAAAAGCCGACCCUGAGAAUCUCCCUAUUAUCCCUUUUGUUUUCGUCCAAGGUGCUUCAUGGCGCAUUGACUUUGCCCAACGCACCAAAGAUGAGCUGGUACAGUGCCCCUACUCUCUAUCCAGUAGCCGUAUCGUCACUAACUGA